AAGACGGUGGCAAUGGGCAAUGGGCAAUGGGCAAUGGGCAAAUGCCAAUAAUAAUAUUAUUAUUAUUGGGUUCGCAAUUACCUGCUUCGAGCUCACUGUAAGGUUCAGCGGUUCUGACUCGUGGCGCCGAAUCAUUGGAGAAAUGUGAUCUGCUGAGUCAGCCACCAUCAAACCCCGGAAGAACCCAAGAGGUCAAGUCCAAAGCGUGGAAAUGGCGGUGCUCUGUUUACACUUUUCUAUUGAAUUCAAAGACAACGAGAAGCUGACAGAUCCACCACCACCCCAGUUUCCCAAUUUUACCCCCACGCUUCUCUUCCACUGUAAAUUCUCUAUUUGACUUAGAUGAUCAAAGUUUAUGAAUCGGAAAUUCUGGAGAAUGGAAAUGAAGGUUCAGCGUCGGGGUGAGAUUGCGGAUAAAAGUCAGAGUCGCCAUGGCCAUCGCCRUCGGAGUAUCAGAAUGGCUGUGGGCCCUCAUCGUAAGCCGGUGGGGCCGCAUGUGGGCGAUUGGCCAUUUUCCCAUAUAACUACUUCAACCGCUUUCAACCUAACCUCAAGCGGGCUGAACAAUUUCGAAUCCUUCGUUCCGGGGUUGCUGACUCUCAAACGCUGCCUUCUCUUCCUUUUAUUCCGCUGACCUCUCAUUUUCUUCUCGCUUGCUUAUUUAUGGGUUCUCUGGAGUCGGAAACGCCGACUUCCGAGACUGUAGGCGAGAUGCCAAACAGAGGAUCAGUGGAAAAUGCGGAGAAAAGGGGAGAAGUAGAUUUGAACGGGACGACGAAUGGGCCGAAGAAGAAUCGGAUUCGUACGGCGUUGUUUUACCUACCCAGGAUCGGAUUCCGAUGUUUCAGAGUGCAACGCGACGAGAAGGGGAAUUUUGAUAUGGAGGUCGUUGAUGGUUCUGUGGAUCGUCGGAAGCCCACCCAUCUUCUCAUAAUGGUUAACGGUCUCGUUGGCAGUGCUGAAGAUUGGAAAUAUGCAGCGGCGCAGUUUUUGAAGGCGUAUCCUGAAGAUAUUGUUGUUCAUUGUAGUAAAUGUAAUCACUCAACAUUGACCUUUCAUGGUGUUGAUGUGAUGGGAGGAAGACUAGCAGAAGAGAUUGUGUCGGUUAUCGAACGGCAUCCAGAUGUUCAAAAGAUUUCCUUCCUAUGCCAUUCCUUAGGCGGCCUGAUAGCAAGGUAUGCCAUUGCAAAGCUUUACGAGCAAGAUGAACGAAAAGAAGAUGUCAAAGUAAAUGGAGAGUGUAGCAAUCAUGGGUGGUCGAGAGAUCAAAGCAGGAAAGAGGAAUUUAAAGGGAAAAUAGCAGGGCUUGAACCUGUUAAUUUUAUUACAUGUGCAACCCCACAUCUUGGUUCAAGAGGGCAUAAACAGGUCCCCAUGUGUUGUGGCUUUUAUGUCCUGGAAAAAGUAGCUGUUUGCACAUCACUUUUCUUUGGUAAGACUGGGAGACACUUAUUUUUACUUGACAAUAGAAAAUGCCCCCUUCUUCUUCAGAUGGCUGGCGAUCGCGAAGAUCUCAAAUUUUUAUCUGCUUUGCAGUCGUUUAGGCGUCGAGUUACCUACGCUAAUGUGCGUUAUGACAACGUCGUUGGAUGGAGUACAUCUUCGAUAAGGCGUCGCAAGGAGUUGCCAAAGCUCAAACAUUUAUCAGGAGAUAGCAAAUAUCCAUAUAUUGUUAACGUUGAGACAGCAAAACUUUCCAGUUCACAAUUAUAUGUUCCAUCAGAGGCCAAAGCCAAUGGACGCAAGAAAAUUCGUUUGGAAGAAAUGAUCAAAGGUUUAUCAAGUGUGGGCUGGGACCGGGUCGAUGUUGACUUCCAUGAAAGUAAACAAAGGCAUGCUGCACACCUUACCAUUCAGGUCAAUAGGUACAGUGUCAACUCUGAUGGGGUCAGUGUAAUCCAACAUAUGAUUGACAAUUUUCUCUUAUAGCAUGUGACAAAUUG